AUGCCUCCCCUGCGAGUGCCCGACGACGGGCUUCUUCUCAGCGGGUCACCAGGGGAUGAAAAAUCGUUUCCUUCUCAGGCAUUCGCCAUAACACUCAGCGACGAUGUGAUCGAGGACUUGGUAAAAUGUUUCCAGAAUGGCGAGGGCAUCCAGCUAUCGCUUGGAAGCAGCCCGGCUCUUCACUUUGGUUCAAGUUCACACACGAUACCGUACAAUCCUAACAAAGAGGCCCACGAUUUCUACCUAACACAACCGUUCUCCGAUUCGACGAAACGAGCGAAGAAGGUACCGAAUACUAUGUCGAUAUGGUCGAAACCUCAGAUCCGAGCACAAUCGGCGAAAUUACCAUCGGCAGCGAAAGCAGACAAGGGAUCGGGCGCCACCGGCUUCGCCUCUGACCUGGAGGCCCUUCAGCAAUCUCUGGCCCAGGCCGAAGCUUCCAAAACACACGCAAUGGUCAUCGAUGCGAUACCCGGGCAAAAGAAGGGCGCCAAAACCCAAGACCGACCGGUCGACUACCUUAAGGACAAAUGGUCAGGCAAGAUAGAAGAGUUCAUGCCAACUUUGAAGAAGGUGGCCGAUUUUAAUGAGACGACGCAAAAGUGGACGAUGGGCAAGCCGUACUGGAAAGAGCUGGACGUCUGGAAUUAUGAUUACGACACUCAGGAGGUGAGGCAAAGGCAAUUGAUAACGCGCUACCGCACCGCGCCCGCGGCACCAACUCCUAAGAUCAAGGUGCAGAAAGCUGAGGACAGUAACAAUGAUUCGGGCAAAGACGACAGCACAACAACGGAAGGCAAAUCGACACCGAUGGGCAGCUGCUGCAUCCAAGGCCACAACUUCGCCUACAAAAGCCAAGACCGGUGCGGCAUCAAAGACGGGGGCCGGGUACUGUCGGAGCAAUUCGUUAUCGACUCAGAUUCGGACUCAGAGGACCAGGCACUCGCGGCAAAGUCCAAGGUUGUUGAGCAGGCUAGAGACAAAGAGCGGACUGCCGCUGCAAUCGUGGCUGCGGCGCCACCACCUGCACCGGUUCCCAUUGCCCCACCUAAACAGAAAGCAGCCGCUAAGCCAACCAAGGUGAGGCCGCCCUCGCGGCCAGCCGUUGCUGCCCCUCCCAUUAAAAGACGGCGCGAGGAGGAAGGGGAUGCGGACGAGGAGGAAGACAUGGACGGGAGCAGCUCUAGCUCGGGCAAGCCUUUGAGCAAGCGAGUCAAGCAGCGGCCUACCAACGUUGCCACACCCUCUGCUUCCCUCAAGCAGCGACCAGCAGAAUUGGGUCAAGGGUCGAGAGGUGGAAAUUCCUCGUCCAAGAGCAAGAAUACCUCGCCGGCGAAAUCAUCGCCGCUCGCCUCGUCUCCACCCACAAACGCAUCUGACCUCGACCAAGCUGAAGCGGAAGUCAUCGCAGCGGCACGACCUGCCGCCCAGCCUCGAAAGCGAGUGGGAGGCCGCGACGAGGGAGAGCGAGAGAAACCCAAGGUCAAACGGCAAAGACCGGACGUGCCCACGGAUGUCUUCAAUAAGGCGCAUAAAUUCAAAAUGUACUAUGAAAAGUACCAGGAGCUCCAUUGGGAAAUCGCUGACCUGGAAGAUCCGCCUCGAGAGAAGAUUGACAACUUGCUCGAUAUGCGGCAGCGGUUGCAAUCCAUGAAGUCGGAAAUCUAUCGCGAGUGCCCGCCGGGUCGAGCGUAG